AUGUUGAGGUAUUUUGUUGUUGUAGCAGCAGUAGUGAGCUUUGUAGCAGGCUUUGAUGCGGAAGAACAAAUGGAUACGGUAAUCUUUGGCAUUUAAAAUAAAAAAAAUAAUUUUAAAAAUAUAUUUCUAACUGAAAACUACAAUUUGAAACCUAUAACAAUUACAAUCUUAUUAAUUUUACUCUACUCAAGAUUUUUUACUCCAUUCAUUGUUACUCUAAUCCAGAUCGAAAUCAUAUCCCACUGGGGCUACGAAGCAGAAGAACAUAUAGCAGAGACCGAGGAUGGCUGGCUGCUCAAGUUACAUCGUAUACCAAGAGGUAAAAACGACAAGAACGAUGGAACACCGAAGCCCGUAGUCAUUCUUCAACAUGGCAUUCAAUGUUCUAGUGACAACUGGGUAUUGAAUAGUCCAGAACAAAGUGCUGGGUUUGUGUUUGCUGAUGCUGGAUACGAUGUUUGGUUGACCAACUCGAGAGGAAAUGUCUACUCAAAACACAAGAAUUACACAAGAGCUGACAAGAGAUUCUGGAGGUUUACGUAGGUUUACUUACAGUAAGAUUUACAGUAGUGAGACUGGAACAGUUACUGUAUCUAAAAAUAGAUUAUGUUUAUAUAUUAUGAAAUUACAGUAUACCAGUUACUGUACGAUUGGAAAAGAGUAGGUUUAUGUAAAAGAAUACUAAUGUUUCGUAUUUAGCAACGACGACAUGCAACAAUACGAUCUCCCAGCCGUAUUCGAUCUAAUCGAAAAUGUUACAAACCAAUCUCAAUUCUACUAUGUCGGUCAUAGUCAAGGUACUUACAUCAUGUUCCUGAAGCUGGCUACAGAUCCAAGCUUCAAAAACAGAGUCAAGAAGUUCUUCGCUCUAGGCCCAGCCAUGAGGUUCAAAGACAUAUCAGGACCAUUCAAGUAUGUAUGUGCAUCAAUGUCACUACCCUAUAUAUCAGCCAUCUGGGACCAGUUUGCGUACACAGAAUUUGCAUCAGGACUACUCAGUCAGAACAUGGUUAACAUUCUGACUGAAUUAACGUGCAGUGCAUCGCCAGAACAGAACCUGUACUGUGCCAACAUAUUCUACUACUUUACUGGGUUUAGUACUCAACUUAAUGUCUCUAGAAUACCAGUCUACCUGCACCAUAUUCCAGCUGGUACUUCUACGGCAAACGUCCAGAAAUGUUGCCAAUCAGGUACGUAUGAGACUGGGGAGUUCAGAUGGUACAGGUACCCAACUGAAGAGGAAAAUGUAGCUAGAUAUGGAACUGUAAGUUAACUUUUUGAAAAACAGCAAUAUAGCUUCGAAAUAAACUAUAAAGUAUACUAGUUUUACUCGCUAUUCCAAGUCAAGCAAUCAAGACGGUUAGAAAUUGAAUUUUAAAGCGGUAAACGACAAAAAUACCAGUUUAACUACCUAUAACAAUAAAUAAACUUCAGAAAGACCCUCCAAAGUACGAUUUGAAGAAAAUGGACGUUCCAUUGUACCUGUACAGCGCGAAUGAAGAUACAUUGACAACUAAAAAACAACUUGAAGAAGAUAUUAUACCAAAUUUAAAGCCUGGAAUCUUGAAAGAAGACAAUAGGUACGAACAUUUCAGUCAUAUGGACUUGAUCUGGGGACAAAAUGCUACUGAUCAAGUGUUCAACAAGAUCAUUAGUACUAUCAAGGCUGACUUGCAAUAA